ACUACUACAAUGCUGGGAUCCUACUCUCACGUGAGGUUCCUGGACACAUGGCGUACUGCAAUCUUUGUUAAGGUACUGCUCGCGGUGGCCGUACCUGCCGCUUUGUUUCUAUCGGCGUCGGGCAAGCUCACCGUCGGCGGGCUGAGCUGCUUGCCGCCGUUUUAUGUGUUCGCCACGGCGAUCAUCAUAGCGGCGGCCGUGUCCUCCAAGUUGAGGCACAUGUGCCGGCCAAAGGAGGUGUAUCUGGUGGAGUACGGUUGCUUCCGGCCCAGACCCUGCUAUCGCGCGCCGCUGGCGACGUGCCGCGAGCACGCGCAGCUCAUGCCGGACAGGUUCGACGAGCAGAGCAUCAAUUUCAUGAUGCGGCUGAUAGCACGGUCAGGGCUCGGCGCGGAGACCUGCGUGCCCGUGGCGUACCACUACAUACCACCGGACCGGAGCCUCAAGGCGUCACGGGAGGAGGCGGAGCUGGUCAUCUUCUCCGGCAUAGACGAGGCGUUCGCCAAGACCAAGAGCUUCUUGAAGCCUACGGACGUGGACGUGCUCGUCCUAAACUGCAGCGUCCUGGCACCGACCCCAUCGUUCAUCGACAUGGUCGUCAACAGGUACAAGCUCCACGCCGACGUCGGUUGCUUCAACCUGUCCGGGAUGGGGUGCAGCGCCGCGCUCGUAUCGGUGGGCCUCGUCAGGAACAUCCUUCGGGUGGCGCGGCCUGGAACGCACGCUCUCAUCGUGUCCACGGAGAUCCUGUCGUCCACGUACUACACUGGCACGGACCCCUCGAUGCUCCUCCCCAACUGCUUGUUCCGCAUGGGUGCCGCCGCCACGAUCCUCUCCAACUCGCCGGAGGGCGCGCGUUUCCGGCUGGGCCCGGUGGUACGCACCGUCACCUCCGCACGGGACGUGGACUACCGGUGCGUGUACAUGGACGAGGACGACAAGGGAAACACCGCCAUCCGCCUCUCCAGGAAUCUCCCGGCCACCGCCGGCGGCGCGCUGAGGGACAACGUCGCCGCCUUCGCACCACUGGUCCUGCCAGCCUCCGAGCAGAUUCGCGUGGCGCUGUCCAUCCUGAAGCGUAAGCUACUUUUCCUGCUCGGACGACGUGCCGAUGGGACGCUCUACAGGCCGGACUUCCGCACGGCAUUCGAACACUUCUGCAUCCACGCCGGCGGCCGCAGCGUGAUCAACGAGGCUCAGAACGGGCUCGGGCUCUCCGACGACGACGUGGAGGCGUCGCGCAUGACGCUGCACAGGUUCGGCAACACGUCCAGCAGCUCGGUGCUGUACGAGCUGGCGUACACGGAGGCCAAGGGCCGUAUGAAGAAGGGUGACAGGGUGUGGAUGGUCUCGUUUGGCGCCGGAUUCGAGUGCAACAGCGUCGCGUGGGUGUGCAUCAAACCCGCCGCCGGCGACGAUUGCGGGCCGUGGGCUGACUCUAUCAACCGCUACCCGGUGCAGCUGCCGGAUGUCGUCUAGUAGGACACGCGUGUGAUGCUGCAUGCAUGCAUGCUUUUUUUUUUUUUUUGAGCAGAUUUUUUUUUUAGCAGACAUGCAUGCAUGCUUAAAAGGGUAUCCAACGACGUGCAUAUAUGCUCUCUCUCUACUAUGCAUGCAUGUACUAUGUAUGUACGUACUGGAAGCCUUGA